AUGGCCAAGGCAGCUCUCGAAGCGAUGAACGAACUCGAUUUAUUUGGUGCUCGCGGAGGACCUUACAGCGUUAUCCACGUUUUAACCGACGAAGCUCAAAAAUGCCAAGCGGUACUGCAAUCGAUGUUACCUAGAGAAUCUAGUUCGAAGGAGAUUGAUAGUGGAUUAUUGGCAGUAAUUAGUUAUCCGGCUUUUGCUGUGGAUGAUCCUAAUGUAAUUAAUAUGACAAAAGAGACUAUCGUUGAGAAAUUGCUGGGGAAGUAUGGGUGUAAGAGGUUUUUGAGGGAUGGAUUUAAAACUCCUAAAGAGGACCCAAACCGAUUAUACUACGAACCAUGGGAAUUGAGAAUGUUUGAACACAUCGAAUGCGAAUGGCCAAUGUUUUAUUGUUACUUAAUUUUGGACGCGCUAUUUACCGGUGAUCGAGAUGCUGCCUUAGAAUAUAGCGAAAGAUUAGACGAGAUCAUGAUCAAGACGGAAGAUGGCACCAAAUUGGUACCAGAGCUGUACGCGGUGCCCGCCGAGUUGGUACCCGCCGAAUACAAAGAACCCGGCACCCAACGGCGUAUUCCUCUGGGCCAAAGUCCAUUUUUGUGGGCCCAAUCUUUGUACAUCAUCGGCAAACUGUUGCAAGAGAAGUUUUUAGCUCCCGGAGAGCUGGACCCGCUAAACCGACGCCUGUGCGCCGAGAAAAAACCCGACGUCGUGGUUCAAGUGGUCAUUUUGGCCGAGGACGUUGAAAUUAAGAAUAAAUUGGCUGAACACGACAUUUUGGUGCAGACUGUCGCCGAAGUGGCUCCUAUAGAGGUGAGUUGA